AGGAGAAAUGGGCUUUCAUUCAGAGGACACAGACAAGAGAGAAGGCCAUCCAGAGAUGGAGAUGGGCUCCAACCCACAGGACUCCAGGGACAGAGAAGUAGUACCUGCUGUCUGCACCGAAUCCCACCUCCCUGCUGCCUUCGCCCCUGGUGCUCACAAGCCACUUCCUGGAGUGGGAUAAGCUGGCGGAGUUCCACAGGUGCGUGUGUCCUGGGCUGCCUCUAAACUGGGUCCGAGGCUUCAUUCUCCCUCCCCCCCAUCCACAGUAAAGUUCAAAAGGUGAGCUCACUUUGUUGUUCUACCUUAAGCUGUUUCAGACUGACUAAAUGUAUUUUAAAAAUCAGUCCAGGACCCUGCUAGGCCACAUGGUCUAUUCUUUUGAUUGGCCGCCUGGGCUUUGUCUUGAGGCAAGGGCCUUCAAAGGGAGUGGAAGCUCUUGGAGUGAGUGAGCCUUUUCUCCAGAGAUCUCAUGGGAUCCCACCUGGCACAGUCGUUUCUCCAGCACAACCUAUGAGGCCUCCUGAUGGCUCUGUUAGGCAGUGGCCCAGGUAUGGCGAAUGGGGCCAGGGCCCGGGGCCCCAGCAGCUGCCUGAAGGAUUGGUGGCAAAAGAGGCUAGUGAGUGGACUCUUCCAGGAGGAGCCAGGUGGGAGGGAGCCUGGGCUCCGGGGAAUUUUGAAGGAUGGUAGGAGGACGAAUCUUGGGCCUACACUCUUGUUACUGAGACUGGCUUCCUCGGGGCUUACCAUUUGAGUGCCGAGUACCCUUCACUGCCGGCUUUUCUGUUGCAGAGGGGCUGCUCGAUGAGGAAGAAGGGGUUGCUCUCCAGGAGCAAGAGGAGGACCACGCUGGUCUAGCUGAUAUGGGGAUGUUCCCGGGACUUUCCGAGUCAGACAGCAUAUCCCGGAGCCCCCGGGAAGAGGAGGAGGAGGAAGAGCAGCCGCCCCCUCCGGUACUGCCCUGGAGGCGACACCUUUCCCUGAGCAGUCGGCACCGGGGGAACAAACCUGCCCACCGCCGCUUCCACCGGAUCCACCACCCCAUGCCUGUGGACCUCGGGGAGCUCGACAGCCUGGUGGCCAGCAUCAUGGACGCGCCCACCAUCUGCCCAGACUGCGGGGAGAGCUUCAGCCCGGGCGCCGCCUUCCUGCAGCAUCAGCGCAUCCACCGCCUGGCGGAGGCGGCCGCUGCGGCCAGCCUGGAACCGUUCGGCCUGCCGGGCGAGUGCGGCGCGGUGGUGGGGGUGGUGGGCGUGGCGGGAGGCUUCGGGGCGGGCCCCGCGCUGGCCCGGCCGCCCCGGGAGAAGCCUUUCCGCUGUGGGGAGUGCGGCAAGGGCUUCAGCCGUAAUACCUACCUGAGCAACCACCUGCGCCUGCACACGGGCGAGCGGCCCAACCUGUGCGCCGACUGCGGCAAGAGCUUCAGCUGGCGGGCAGACCUGCUCAAGCACCGGCGGCUGCACACGGGCGAGAAGCCCUACCCGUGCCCCGAGUGCGGCGAGGCCUUCAGCCUCAGCUCGCACCUGCUGAGCCACCGGCGCGCGCACGCGGCGGCCAGCGGCGCGGGACCGGCGGCGCUGCGGCCCUUCGCCUGCGGCGAGUGCGGCAAGGGCUUUGUGCGCCGCUCGCAUCUGGCCAACCACCAGCGCAUCCACACUGGCGAGAAGCCGCACGGCUGCGGCGAGUGCGGCAAGCGCUUCAGCUGGCGCUCAGACCUGGUGAAGCACCAGCGCGUGCACACGGGCGAGAAGCCGUACAUGUGCUCCGAGUGCGGGGAGACCUUCAGCGUCAGCUCGCACCUCUUCACGCACAAGCGCACGCACUCGGGCGAGCGGCCCUACGUGUGCCGGGAGUGCGGCAAGGGCUUCGGGCGCAACUCGCACCUGGUGAACCACCUGCGCGUGCACACGGGCGAGAAGCCCUUCCGCUGCGGCCAGUGCGACAAGCGUUUCAGCGACUUCUCCACGCUCACGCAGCACCAGCGCACGCACACGGGCGAGAAGCCCUACACGUGCAUCGAGUGCGGCAAGAGCUUCAUUCAGAGCUCGCACCUGAUCCGCCACCGCCGCAUCCACACCGGCAACAAGCCGCACAAAUGCGCCGGCUGCGGCAAAGGCUUCCGCUACAAGACGCACCUCGCGCAGCACCAGAAGCUUCACCUGUGCUAGGGCUGGGUCCGCGGGCGCCUGCCCUGCUCGGAGCUGCGCGGGGUGGAGGUCCUGGGCAGACCCCAGCGGGAAGGGCGGGGCCCUGGGGGAGGGGGUGCUGUUUUUUGCCUGCCUCCUGUCGGUGCAGAAGAAGGUUUGGGAGAUGUGCUUGAGAUGGUGGCUUCCUGAAGUACCCCUCUGUGGGAGGGAAGAGCGGAGGAGCAGGGGCUUUGAGGACCUUGAAGAAGGGGGAGUUGGUGGCGGGCAGCAGAGCAGGGUGGGCUGUGAUGGCCUGUGGGAAUCAGGAGAGAGGGUAGUUUUGAAGUGAGGGUUAUGGGGGUAAAAUAAAGCACGGGUGUGAGUAAUUCUGUCCCUGUUCCACCAGGUGGUACGCCAGUGUGUCCUGUCCCCACACAUCAGCUAUAGUCCCAGAAGUAGGAGAACCUGUCAGUCCCAUAGGAGACGGUAUUUGGUUUACUCUUCGCUUUCUCUGAGCCACAGUUAGCUGCUAUGUUGAGGCAUCCAGGGAAAACGGGGAAGAAAACGACACACCUUCACGUCAAGGGGCAACCUCUAGCAUUUAGAAAGGCUCGUAUGACUGGUUCUUAGAUCUUCUGGGAAGUCUUGGUCCUAUUCCCGGUUCUUUGCUACUUUGAAAACACUCUCGCUUCAUGCUGGGCCAAGGUGUCUCCCUGAAUGACCAGCCUCCUCCCCUCUUCCCCCAUCCCCGGUGUGUGCCAGACCCAGCGUUUCUGUCACGUCUCCCCUGUGAUCUUUUAACUGCAGGGAAAAGGAACACUCCCGGCUAUGUGUGACUUUCCCUUUCCCGGGUCAGUUCAGUGCCUGAAUUUCAGGCCCUGGUGACCUGCUAGAGAAAAUAACUAGCUCAAAGUUUUGCUGGCCUGUAUGUGAGAGAUGCAGGAAGAACAAGUGUUCCUGUGAUACAAGGUUCUUCUGUUUCAUUUGCUUUCACUUCGCCUCUGUGUACCCUGUCCCCGCUGACUCCACUUCCAUCCAUAUCGAUGAGGGAUUUAGUCCGAGUGGGAAUGGCUCCUUCCUAUGUGAAGGCACAGUAGAAAUCUCAAGGCUUUACACAGGGGGCAGUCAGGGAGAGGUGUAAAUGCAAAAUUGCCAAAUAGCACAAGUGAUGAAUGUUCUCUGGGGGUUACAUAGAUGCCAAAAUCACACUUUGGUAUUUGCAAAGUGUUUUAUGCUUUUUAAUGAUUGUUAGUGUUCCUCACAGCGUUGUGAGGUAGAUCAGUAUUAAUGACCCCUGUCUUGGGGAAGGCGUCGGGACAGUGUGGCAAGCUGCCCUGAAGCGAGGAGGCUGACAACAGUGUGAAUAGCUGUGGUCUGACCUUUUGCAUUCUCCAGCUCAGCUGCUAGGAAGACUUACCUUUAGUCAUGAUUUGUAUAAUAAAAUAAGGGCACUGAAAAUCGUUAAGCUUGAUGGGAAACUGCAGGCUAGCCUAUCAGGGCCCGAUAUGUCCUUCAUUGACAAAGCUGGUCUUUGUCACCUAAUGAGGGUAUCCCAGCUGUGUUCCCAUUCUAGUAGGGUGCUAUAGUUAGAUGACUCUUGUAUAGAUUUCAGUUCCCUAUGCUGAAAGUUCCUCCCUUAGCUUAGCCUUUAGGAGUUAGACUUGUGGAAAGCAAUAUUGUUUUCUUCACUAGCAAUUGUCACCCUGUAACUUUCAUGGAAGCAUCUUCACAAACUGUUGGACACAGUUGAAGGGGGGAAAAAAAUCCCUAAAAAUUAUUUUUAUGAUUUUAGCAAAAUUUCUGUGGAUGCUAGUAAUUUAUCUGUGAUCAGUUGUAUUCUAGUAAAGAACCUCUUUGGUGACUGUAGGAAAGCAUGUUUUUGUCAUAAUAAAAAUACUUUUUAAAAAAAUCAUGAUAGUUCUGGGCUUGUAUAAUGCCUUGUUCAUCUUGCCCUCUUAAUCCAUUUAUUGUUAUUGACAGAUGCAAAUAGAUUUUCAAACUUUGGACAAUUUUGAAAGACACGAUUCUUUUUUAUUUUCUUUUGGUUAAGAGCAAUAUAAGCAAAGCAAAUGUCCAUUGUUAAUUCUGACUCUUGUAGUCUGAAUACCCAGUAUAUAAAAAACAUUUGAAAAUUGUAUAGCCAAUUUGUAGGCAAUCUUACUCCACUGGAUUUUUUCCAUGCACAUCUACCUCUUCCAGCUGUUUUAAGUUCCCUCAAGUCUGUGCCUCUGAAAUCUCAUCCAAUUUUUGAUUCUUUCUGGGUUGAUUAUCCACUUUGUAUUAAGGCCACUUGGUCUUUUGCUGCCAUCCUUAUGCACGGUCUCAUGUUCAUCAAAUAUGCCACAUACCAGCAACUUUAGAGAAAGGGUUUAACAAGGAGUGGAGACUGAAGCUAGUAUAAAAUAAUUUAGUUCCUGUGGAAUUCUUUGGACUUCAUUUACCUCUUGUUUUUCCUAUUACCACAGAUAUGAGAGUCAGCCAAUAUGUUGGUACUCCUUCUAGAGCACAUCUCUUGGCAGAAGAAAACGGUUCAACCACCAACACCCCAGUCUCCUGGGACAUUUGGAACGUGAUUCUGUUUUUCUUAAAAUUCUUCAGGGAACAUAUCUGCAGUAAACGAGGUUAAAUGCAUUCAGGAAGUUGUUUCUUGGAUCUAGUUUUAGAAUAAUAGUACAUCUUCAGCAAACCCUGUUAACUGUGGUCCACCCUUGAAAAUGUUAAUCGGAAGACUCCUUCCACCAACUCGUGAAUGGUGGUGGAGGCAAGUGUAUUUUUUGUUUCCUGGAGAGUUUGGUCAAGAGCAGUCUUCCUCUGCUGCCUUUUACUAACAAAACGUGGAGCAGUUUAAAUAGGCCGAAUGGUUUUGAUGAAAUCUCAAGCUCUGAGUUGGAAGGAGAAGAAGAGGAGACCUUAACCCCCUGAGCCUUGUUGUCUCUUUACAACCAAGAGUCUGUACAUAUGUGAAUAAUGACAAAUUACGAGCCUGUGUUCAUAGACAAUCUGAACUGUUUCUGAAGUUUGUGCACAUUUUGCUUCACUAUAAUAUUAUUUUACAGCUGUUUGUUAAAAUAGUGAAUAAUUUAAUGAUCCUAAAAGUAACAGGUUUUGUGUGAGUGUGUGCUUGUGUAUGUGAGAAUUGCCUUAUUUUCAGGUCGUUUAAUUUAAUGAUAAUACCUUGGACAGCAUUCUGCUAUUCAACAACCAACAUGGAAUAUUUGUCAUUAAAUCCAAAUCAGUCUUUU